AUGCCCGCUUUCUCUCUUACCACGCCGCUAAAGGUAGCCAACACUGAGAGCGUGCCUGCGACGCCAGCUUCACGAUCGCUUCUUCCUUCCAAGUCAAAAGCUCAGGACUCGACGGCACCAAUAUCUCGGACACGAGCGAACACUCAUACAGUCAAGCCAAAAGCCCCUCCUCCAAGUGACAGAUCACAGACGCGGUCGCCCUCGACCUCUGAAUCGGAUUCAGAGUCGGAGACCACUCCAGUUCCUACCGCCAGAUCGAAGCGCAAGUCAGCUCUGUCUUUGGCGUUAAAGUCGCCUUUGCCGUUAACGUCGCCACCACCACUAGCACCACACUCGCACUCCCAGCGGGAGAGGAUCGUCUCUCGCCAAAACAAGAGUGCUCGUAGUUCUGCUGUAUUUCCGCCACCUUCUACAACAACAGAGGAACGCUCUCCUUCUGCUUCUGCCGCUGCCUUUAGCUCCAACGUCGACGCAAAAGCGACACUGGAGAUCCUGAGCGACAUCAUCACGUCUGAAGUAACAUACUGGGCUCACUACAUUGCCACAGUGUCGCAGCAACGUCUGAGCAGCAACGGUCAUGUCGAGGUCUCCGUGGCAACUUCUCCUCACAGCGCUGUUGGCAGUAGCGGUGAUGGUACCGAUGCUGCGGAAACGGGAAAUGACGAGGAACAGCAGGAGCACAAGCAGAAGCAGACGCAGAAGUCGACGGCGUUGAUUUAUGUCCUGGAGACCCUACCAUUGCGGUUUCAAGCCCUGGCUUCGGCGUAUGGCGCUUUCAAUGGUGCUUCUAUUACUGGCAACGAUGACAUGAUGGUACUGGGUGAUGACUUACAACGACUGCUGACCCUCUCGCAAGGUACCAUGGUCGACGGGGAACAGGAAGAACAUUCCCAAUUCGAAGGAUGGUAUGAUCCAAAGUUCUUUCAAAACAGGAAGAUCAAGGCUAUGGAUGAUGAAGUCAGACGUCUCGAAGCCUCGCGAAUGGAGGAACUUGAAGCUCUACUGCUCAUGGCCGAGGAGUUGAAGCUCGCUGUGGAGGAUGGAAGCCUGGUGGGGAACCAUCCGGCGUUGAGGAGCUUGGUCGAGGCUAUGGAUGAAGUUGGGAUGAGUGCGGCUGAUACAAGUGCCUCGACACCGUCGUCUUCGAUGAGUGGCAUAUCCGGUGUGGGGAGGACGCAUUGAUCGCAGAGUGAGAUCAUAGCCGGAGCAGACAAGAUCAGUAGGCAGCUCAGACUGGUCUACCUCAUCAUGUUGUAGCCAGAGACGAUGACACGAUAUGGUGGAUGUCUUGCCACUUACUUGGUGUGAACAAGAAGAUCAUGGCCAGGGCAACCCCG